GGUCGAGGGAGACCGGCUGCGCACGAGCCACGAGCCACGAACGGUCGCGUCGCGGGAACCUGUCGCGCGCCGCCAAAGUCGAACAGUCUCUCACUGGCGCCCGACGCGGUGUGUGCCCGAGAGACUUGGUCAGGCUCGUUGAUCAGGUGCGCGAUUGUUCCUCGAGGAAGCACACGGCGCCCGGACACAGAGGUAGCGCACGGCUCGGGCAGGCCCUGCGAGGGGCUCGGACCGGACGGUGAACGGCCAGUUCCACACCUGGACGAUCAAUCCGGGUCGGACACCAUGAGUGGAGAACGGCCGAUGAUAGCGAUCAGUGGAUGGUGCGCGAGGACGCGGCUCCGGAUCGGCGAUCCCCCGCGCCACGUGACUCCGGGAUUCGCGAGACCCUGGAUCGUCGCUGCUGUGACCCUGCUGCUCCUCGUACACGGCAGCGGCGCCUCGUACGAGAUGCAGGGGCCGAGCUUCGUGUCGGAGCCGCCGUCGCGUGUGGAGUUCACGAACGUGAACGGCGGCCGUGUGGACUGUAUAGUCAGAGGAAAUCCGGCGCCCACCGUCGACUGGCUGGUAGCGGACGGCGGUAGCAUAACGAGUAUCCCUGGAAUCAGACACGUCCUUGGCAACGGGACGAUCUACUUUCCCGGCUUCGAGGCCGAAGUGUUCCGGCAGGACGUCCACUGGGCCAUUUAUAAGUGUUCCGCCGUCAACAGCGUCGGCGCCAUCGUUAGCAGAGACGUCACUGUCAGAGCAGUGGUGAACCAGCGUUACGAUCCGGAAGUGCAAUGUCCCGGCGGUUUCCUCGGCAACAACGUACUUAUGCGAUGCAACGUUCCCAGUUUCGUUCGCGACCACGUCACCAUUACGUCUUGGCUUCAGGAGCCGUCGUUCAACAUCUAUCCGUCCACGAUGGGAGAUGGCAAGUACCACAUGCUAUCGAGCGGCGAGCUGAUGAUACUGAAUAUCACGCGGGAGGACGCGAAACAGACUUAUCGGUGCAGGACGCAUCAUCGUCUGACGCAGGAAACGGUCGUCAGCAGCAACGCCGGGAGGCUCCAAUUGACUGAGAUACGGAGCACCAUGCCGCCGAUGAUAAACGAGAAGGUGGUUUACAUGUCGGCGAGGCUGAAGGACACCAUUGUGAUACCGUGCGUCGCGUACGGCAAUCCAACACCCACCAACAGGUGGUACUACAACCGGAACCAGAGGGAGGAGCCGAUCGAGGAUGCGGCAGGACACUACGUGGUGCGAGACGGUUCGUUGAUCAUACAAGGUGUUCAGGAGAACGAUACCGGCUCGUACAUGUGCACCGCCAGUAAUUCGGAGGGCAGCGAAUCCAUGGAAGUGAGGUUAACGGUGUCCGCGCCAUUGAGCGUGCACGUUCAACCGUCGAUCCAGACCGUCGAUCUCGGCAAGGCCGCUCAUUUGACGUGCAGCGCAAGUGGAUUUCCGCAGGCGGCGCUCUACUGGCUGAAGGACGGUCAGCCAUUGAGAACGGGCGCCCGCGUGAGGGCGGUUGCCAGGGAGCGUAUUUCCGUGAUGUCGGUUGCACGGGAGGAUCGCGGCAUGUACCAGUGCUUCGUGAGGAACGAGUACGAGAUGGCCCAAGGAAUUGCGGAAUUGCGGCUGGGCGAGAUCGCGCCGCAGCUGGUCUACAGGUUUAUCGAACAGACAAUGCAGAUCGGUCCAUCGGUUUCCCUGAAAUGCAGCGCCGCGGGUAAUCCCACGCCGCAAAUUUCCUGGUUGCUGGAUGGAUUUCCGCUUCCGCAAAACGACAGGCUCCUGAUUGGCCAGUACGUUACGGUGUACGGGGACGUAAUAUCGCACGUUAACAUCUCGUCGGUGAAGUCCGAAGAUGGGGGCGAGUACGAGUGCAUCGCCAGCAGCCGGGCGGGCGAGGCGCGGCACUCGGCGAGGCUCAAUAUUUACGGCCCACCAUACGUCAGACCCAUGUCCACGGUUUCGGCGGUCGCUUGGAAACAGUUUCACAUCAAAUGCCCAGUCGCUGGAUAUCCCAUCGAAUCGAUAAUUUGGGAGAAAGACGGAGUGAGGCUGCCCACCAACAUGAGACAGCGAGUGGCGAACGGCAGUCUGUCCAUCGAUAACGUGCAAUCGGACGCGGAUCAGGGCACGUACACCUGCACCGCCAGGGACAAGCAUAACAUCACCUCCCAACGGUCGGUCGAAGUGCGGGUCCUAGUGCCACCUAAAAUCACGCCUUUCAGUUUUGCUCGCGAUUUAAGCGUAGAGGACCGUACUAGCGUACAGUGCGUGGUCGUGACUGGCGAUCUGCCACUGACGUUCACGUGGCUCAAAGAUAACGUCCCGAUAGAGACGAUCAGGACGUCGCUGGAUGCCCCGUCGUCCAGCUAUGGCCGCGUUCAGGCGCCGGCCAGUAAUGGGGACGCGAUUUCGGGGCCCAAGCGGGGCCCCAAGGCCGACGGGCACGGCGAACAGUCCCCGAUUAAGGACAUUACCGUCCGGCAAAAUGACGCUUUUACCAGCGCCCUGAGCAUUAGCACGAUCGCACCCGAGCACAAUGGCACGUACACCUGUCGCGUGGCCAAUGGCGCUGCCACCGUCGCUCAUUCUGCACUCCUUCUCGUCAACGUGCCGCCACGGUGGACGGUGGAGCCUAUCGACCAGAACGCCGUUGUAGGUCACGGCGUCUCGAUACCAUGUCAAGCUGACGGAUUCCCCAUUCCGACUGUGACUUGGAAACAACCGAUCGGUGGGACACCGGGCGACUACAGGGAGCUGGGAUACAGCGGCGCGGAGGGAGUCGAGGUCGCCGAGAACGGAUCCUUGGUGAUCCCGCGGGUAUCCAGAGAUCAUUCGGGGUUCUAUCUGUGCCAGGCGAGCAACGGCAACGGCGCCGGCCUCAGCAAGCUCAUUCAGCUAACAGUCCACGCGGGCCCCCAGGUAUCGGUGAAAACCGAACAGAAGUCGGUGCGACGAGGAGAGAACGUGAGGCUGCGCUGCGAGGCCGAAGGAGACGCUCCUCUCGAUCUGAGCUGGCGUGCCCGUGACAGCCGAGUCGAUCGCAACUACGAUGUUAGGUACACGAUAGACAACCAAACGGUCUCCGGCAGAGUGAUCUCCGAGCUGCACAUCGUCCAGGUGAACAACAUGGACCGCGGCGAUUACGUUUGCAUCGCGACGAACGCGUACGGCCACGCCAGGGCGACGAUCCACCUGCUGGUCCAGGAGCCGCCGAAUUUCCCACGGAACGUGCACGUGGCAGAGCGAGGCAGCAGAUCGUUGCUGCUGGCCUGGACCUCGCCGUCCAGCGAGCUGGAUCCGGCGCAUGCUGGCUCGCCGAUCAUCAACUACAUCGUCCAGUACAAGGAGGCGCAAGACGUGUGGCAUGAGCACAACUCGCAGAAGAUGAUGGCGGGGAACAACACGGUCGCGCUGGUGUCGCCGCUAAAACCGGCGACCUCCUACGACUUUCGGGUGCUUGCGGAAAAUCACUUUGGAACAUCAGCGCCAAGCGACAUCCUUCAUGCGCAGACCGACGGCGAAAUACCUGGCGGGCCGCCGAGACACGUCACCGCAAGGCCCCUAGGACCGCAGCAAGUGAAGGUCACCUGGCAACCGCCGGAUCGAUCCCUCUGGAACGGGGAACUUCUCGGAUACACCAUCAGCUACGCCAAUCUCGGAGAGAAUGAUCAAUCGGUGAACAUCACCAGAGUGGGAAUCACGGGAAACGGGGACGGUUCGUACGAUUAUAGGCUAACCGGCCUCCGAAAGUACACCCAGUACAGCGUGGUGGUGAAGGCGUUCAAUAAUAAAGGAGACGGCCCCGGAUCCGACCCAGUCACCGUGCAGACCCUCGAAGACGUUCCGAGCGCCCCGCCGCAGAACGUGGCCUGCGCGGCGCUGACCGGCCAGAACAUCCAGGUCACCUGGAAACCGCCGCCGUCGGACAAAGUUCACGGGGUCGUGCAGGGCUACAAGUUGCUGUACGAGGCCGGCGGCGCGGUCCUGGAGCAGCAGGCCGGCAGGGAGACGAAGAUCAGCCACGCGUUGAGCACGGUGCUGCACGGGCUCAGCCCGUACACCAAUUACACGGUGCAGGUGCUCGCCUACACCAAGGCCGGGGAGGGUGUCACCAGCAGCCCGGUCUCCUGCACCACCGAAGAAACUGUUCCGGACGCGCCGGAGCGUGUGAAAGCAGUAACCAGCAACGAGGACGCGGUGGUGAUAUCCUGGCUGCCGCCGCGGCGGCCGAACGGCAUCCUCACCCAGUACACCGUUUACAUCCGCGUGUUGGACCAGGGCCAGGAGAUGAAGAUCACCAGGAGCAUACUGACCGCGCAGAAUUUGCAACACGAGGCGACCGGCUUGAAGCAGCGCGAGUCCUACGAAGCCUGGGUUACGGCAUCGACCAAAGUGGGGCAAGGACCUAGCACCCCGGUCAUCAAACUGCAGCUGAGCAAUACCGUUCCAGCGGCUAUAAUAUCGUUCGGAGUGGCACUCAUGGUGCCGUGGAGGGUCGACGUCAAUAUGACCUGCCUGGCCGUCGGCAAUCCGCGGCCAACCGUCGAGUGGCGACGCGGCGACCUCAAGCUGCAGAAAUCCGACGUCGGCCCGGAUAACACGCUCACGCUGAGGAACGUGCAGAGAACCCACGAGGGCAAGUAUUUCUGCCACGUGAAGAAUCCGCUCGGGUCCGACGAGAUCACAUACACCCUGCAAGUCCAAGUGCCGCCCACGCCACCGACUUUGCUGGCUACCGGCACGACAACUGACGCCGUGCAGCUGCAAUGGAAGCAGGGCGACAAUGGCGGCGCCCCGAUAAAGGGAUUCCUGCUGGCUUAUCGCCGCGAGUUCUCCGAAUGGGAGGAGGUGAUGCUGGAUCGCAAAGCGGCCACCCACUUGCUGGAAGGCCUGCAGUGCGGGACCAGGUAUCAGUUUACCCUGGCAGCCUUCAACCGUAUUGGCAGCGGAAGUGCCAGCAAAAUCGAGACCGCUAAGACAAACGGGACCAAGCCGAUCGCACCCACGAAGCAUCAGCUGGUCAGGGUCAACCAGACGUUCGUCACUUUGGAGCUGGCGUCAUGGCAGGACGGCGGAUGCCCUUUGCUCUACUUCGUCGUCGAGUAUCGCAGGCUUCCCGGUGAUUGGUUGCUAGUGUCGAACAACGUACCGCCGCAGUCAAGAUUUCCAAUCGUGGAUCUGGAAAGUGGUACCAAAUAUGAGCUACGCGUGACGGCUUACAACAACGCCGGGUCCACGCAAGCUGAAUACCUGUUCACCACCCAGUCGACGAACACUGGUAAUCGAAUGUAUAACGAGGCCCCGCCGGAAACGGAGGAGUCCUCCCUGUUUUUCGAUGCGCACGUACUAGCGCCGAGCGUGAUCUCGCUCCUGGUCGUGUUCCUGGCUGUGGCUGGCAUCUGCUUUUGCCUGAAAAUACAUGCAGAACGGACCGGUCGAGCGAACGAUCCGAACUCGCAAACGCAGGCCGCUUUAGAGAACAAACACAACAUGGAGCAAAGGGAACAGUACUAUGCGACCGUGAGGAAACCCGGCCAGCAGUCGCCCUGUCGCGAGGUGAGCGCGCUGGAAAGAAUUCCCGAAUAUUCCGAAGACAUUUAUCCGUACGCCACCUUCAAUCUGUCCGAGCAGGAAAAUCUCUCGGCGAAUCCGAUACGACCGGCGUUCUACUACGAACGUAGCGAAACGAUGCUGCAAAGCAAUCAGUGCGACAUGGACCAGUACACAAAGGUUCGCGGCCGAGCGCGUCGCAAACUGAAGUCCUUCAAAUCCGAAUCGGAAGAGUACGACACCCUGGGCUCGGACACCGAGACGGACGUCGGUAACAGCAGUCGCACCGAGUCCUCGAACCACCAGGACGACUCCCGGCCGGCGUCGAAAAACUCGAUCGGCCAGAGGAAGCAGCUACUAGCCCUGGUCCCGAAGCAGGUUCAUCAUAAUGUGAUGUACCACACGAACGAAUCGAGUACAUCAACCGAACCGUCACCAAUUUCUGAGAGGAAGACCUUCCCGAGGCUCGAGAAGCAAAGGAAUCAUGGAGCAACGCCCGACAUGGGGAUAGACGGUCGCGUGCCGGGUAUCUUGCGGCCCGUGAUGAAGCUCUCGGAAUCCGGGAUGCAUUGUUACUCAAGGGGAGCGUCGCCGAGCCGGCCAGCGAGGCCUGGUUCCUGCGACAGGCUGGUGAAAGAGCCGAGCCCAAGGAAAUCCGUGGAGUCGUUGUGCCUGCUGGAGGAGCCCGGAUCGUUCAGGCUUGCAAGACGGGAAGAGGAUUGGGGCAGCGAGCUGUCUACGUUGGAACUGAAGCCGCCGACAGGUUUCACGGACGCGCACGAGACCAGCGAGGCCGAAUGCGACAUCGACAUGAAGCUGAAGCUCCACAGGAAGAGGACGGGUUUUCCUUCUAACUCGCUCUCGAAAUCGCCCAAAGACUUCACUAUCACUGUCUAAGUGUUAAUCAAAUAUCGAAUGCAAAACGAAAAAAAAACGUACGAAAUGCGAAACGGAAUAUUUAUAAAAAAAAAAAACGAAGAUACGGUAUACACACACGCACGUAAACGAGAAACGAUAAGAAACCAAAAGUAAAAUAAAUAAAUAAAAAAAAACAAUACCAAUUUAACGAAUAUAAAGCUGCCAAGCAUGAUGAGUGUUAAUUCAAAAGAAAACGAUAUAAAAAAAACAAAAAAAAAACGCAAAAAACUCGUAAGUAUGAAACUCGAGAUACUUCCUCGCCGUUGAGAUUGUCGGGAUCCCCCAACGCUUCUCUGUGGAUGGAUAACUGUCUUUCCGUGUAACUAUCGUCGACGAUCCAUUUACAAUAAAGAGGUAUUUUUGUAAGUAAAAUUAAACAAA